AUGAUGAUGUGUCCGUUGACCACCCCGGCUUGGAGCUGGAGCACGACGACGCCUCGCAUCUCGCUCCUCCACUACGUCCUCCUCGGCAUCGCCUCCACCACCGCCAUGACGACGGAGCAGGAGUGGGCAGUGGUGGAGCGUCGAGGCGCGCACCUGGUGACGGCGGGCCGCCCCUUCAUCAUCCACGGCUUCAACACCUACUGGCUCAUGUCCUUCGCCUCCGACGAGGCCACGCGCCCGCGGGUGACCGCGGUUCUUGCCGAGGCGGCCGACGCGGGGCUCAACGUGUGCCGCACCUGGGCGUUCAACGACGGCGGGUACCGCGCGCUGCAGACGGCGCCAUUCUGCUACGACGAAGAGGUGUUCCAGGCACUAGAUUUCGUGGUCAGCGAGGCAAGAAGGCAUAAUAUGCGGCUGAUACUGGCACUGUGCAAUAACUGGGGAGAUUAUGGAGGGAAAGCACAGUAUGUAAGCUGGGGUAAAGAGACUGGCCUGGAUCUUACUUCUGACGACGACUUCUUCUCUGAUCCGACACUUAAGAGUUACUACAAAGCUUUUGUUGAGGCUGUUCUGACAAGAAUAAACACAAUCACAAAUGUGUCCUACAAAGAUGAUCCUACUAUCAUUGCCUGGGAGCUGAUUAAUGAACCGCGCUGCCCUUCAGAUCCAUCGGGCGAUACGCUGCAGGCGUGGAUAGGAGAGAUGGCAUCUCACGUGAAGUCUAUGGAUCCUCUGCACCUCGUGGAGAUUGGUGUUGAAGGGUAUUACGGUCCAUCUACUCCACAACUUUUGCCUGUCAAUCCAGAUGAUUAUUCAGGGCGUGUUGGAACAGACUUCAUUAGGAACCAUCAAGCACUGGGAAUUGAUUUGGCCUCAGUUCAUAUUUAUUCUGACACUUGGUUGCCUGAAUCAAUAGAGGAGAAUCACCUUCAGUUUGUGAACACUUGGAUGCAACAGCAUAUUGAUGAUGCAGCCAACUUGCUGGGGAUGCCCAUUGUGAUCGGGGAAUUUGGACUGUCACUUAAGGAUGGGAAGUUUGACAGUGAGUUCCGUGAAACUUUUAUCAAGACAGUAUACAACAAUUUCUUGAGCUCUCGGGAGAGGGGAAUGAUUGGAGGAGGCUGCCUUCUAUGGCAGCUUUUCCCUGAAGGCGCAGAGCACAUGGAUGACGGUUAUGCAGUUAUUUUUGCAAAAUCACCAUCCACAUUCAACCUCCUUGCAAAUCACUCAAGGAAGCUAGAAUGCUAAGAGUAUGCUGCUUCCCCUGCCUCGGUGUAUGCUGCAGUCCAUACUACGAGUUUAUUCAAGCCAAGAACUUUACUGUAAAGUUGAAUGUUUUAUGUUGUAUCGUGAAACACAGUAAUAGCUGGUCUCUAAUCUUACAAAACAAUGUCAUAUCAUGUAAAGUAAUUUAGAGAUUGAGUUGUUAAGUAAAACUUCAUCCCUCCAUCCUGCACUUGCCGCAUUUCAACAACAUCCUUUCUGCAAGCAUUUUGUAUUCACUUUACUGAUU